GCCUGCUUUCUAAUGGUAUCCGCUGGAAGCCGAACUAACAGUCAGACAACACUGAGACUCUAAACAGCUCACAUUCUGAGACUUGAUCAGCGAACGUUCUGGGACUCUGCAAGGUAAACGUUCAGCUCAGUGUUCUAUGGGUAAACGUGCUGAAUGGAAGUGAUACAAAAUGGAAGCUUAACUGACAUAAACUAUAUACGUUGUAUGAUAUAUGUGCACUGGUUCCCAACUUUUUCUGUAAUCUAGACAGGAAAUUAAUAGGGAAUUUCCAAAUCCUGGCUGUUGGCGUGUCAGGAGGAUGCGCCAUAAACUGUUAUACCACCAGUUGGAAUGUUUAACCUAUAGGACAUAACUAGAAACUGGUCUCCAAACUGGGAUGCAGUGAGCUUCCUCUUUAACCCCUUAAGGACACAUGACGUGUGACAUGUCAUGAUUCCCUUUUAUUUCAGAGGUUUGGUACUUAAGGAGUUAAAGGAAAGUUUCAUUUAUCUCAUUUACCUCUGACAAGAGCAGAUAACUUUUUUGUGUGUAUGUAUAUGUGUUUUUUUUUUGUUUUGUUUUUUACGAUCUCCAUAAAGUAAUGGGUUAAACUGAUUCCUUAAUGGACUAAACAUAUUUAUUUGGGGAAAAUCCCUCCAUCGUGGUUUUGUACAUUCCUUUACUUAAAUUCUUUAUUGACUUCAUAGCAUAUCUAACUACUGCUAGCAGCUGUAAAGCAGCAGGAUCGAUUUACUAAACAGAGUUGUGCUCAAUCAAGUUUGUGGGGUUUUUUUUGUUUGUUUUUGUUUAAAAUAAAUUAUUCUGAAUUCUAUUAAUUUUCACACACCACAAUAUAUUUCUACCGAAUUUUCAAAUGUUAGGCAAAAAGACAGAAUCGUGACUCCGUUAUUCUAACUUGGCUAUUUUGGGUUACAAUUUUCAAUCCUCUUUUCAGUUAUCCACCAUUAACGAUUGCUGUUUAGUGGGUCAACAAAACAAAUUGUUUGAAUUGUUGUAACUUUACAGUAGCACUAGUUUAAGCAAAAUAAAGUCCAUAUAUAUUGGGUAUACUGAUGAGGUACAACGAAUAUAACCUUUCAGCUGUUAAGAGGAUAAAGUGAAUUAAAUUCGUAGCUGGACAGCCACAGAAUAGUGACUACUGUUUGUUACAUACUUAACCCCUUAAGGAUCAAAAUUCUGGAAUAAAAGGGAAUCAUGAGAUGUCACACAUGUCAUGUGUCCUUAAGGGGUUAAACUCGAACUAUACAAAGAGGUUAUGUCAAUGCCAAAUAUUCCAGCUGGAAGGGAAUGUCUAUGUGUAAAGUAUAUCCUGAGGCACACAUGCUCUUUUUACCCAACUCCUUUUUAUUUACCAUGGAACAAUGGUACUGUGUUGACCAUGCCAGAAACUUGAAAUGGUUUGACAUUUAUAUACUAAACACCAAAUUUUCUUUGACAUGUGGAUUUUCCAUUCACUACAGUUUAGUUAAUAAACCCCUGUCCUGCACAAGUUGCUGAGAUACUGUUAUUGUAGUAGCUAAGUAAGCUGAUGAGUAGUGUGGCUUCGGUAUCAUUGUAGAAAGUCAAAUUAUAUAUCCAGUGUGCAUAUAUGUUCAAUAAUCCGUGUGUGUGUAUAUGUGGAGGGGGUAUUUUUGGAGCAAAAAUUGUAUAUUUUCUGUAUGAAGAAGCAAUGCAAAUGUGUUUGUGUGUCAAAUUGAUAAGAACGCACAGUUUCCUGUUGUGUUUUAGGUACAUAACAAUAAGAGAAGGUUCUUGUGAAAUGAGAAUCUGCCACAUUGUUUGAAUAUAAAGAUAACAUGAAGGUGAUAAACACCCAUGUGCUAAAUAAUUCCACUUCCCCCAUGGACAUUUGCAUAAAAAAACUACUGUGAGAAAAGCAAGAGAGUUUGCAUUCUGCUCAAAGCAAAUGGUAAAUUUGUUACUGGGGGUGGACAAAUUCCUUUAUAUUCAUUUAGUAGAGGACUUUUGAGCUAACUUAAUCAAAUAUAAAGUGAUUGAACAAGUGGUUUCCUUUAGUUUUGUUUACUAAUAAUGUUAUUUAAUGGAGGUACAGUAUGAGGGUACAGUAAGGAAGUCCCAGGAGAUCAAACAAAAAAUAGCCUCCACUGAGAUAUAGAUAUAUAUAUGCUUAUCUGUUUUUGUUGCAUAAGUCUGGAUAACUUGUUUGAGCUGCUUAACAUCUCCGUUAAUAGAAAUAACUUUUUAUUUUAUGUUUGAUAUAGGGAUUUGAGUACUGGCCAAUUUAAUUUAAAAACUGACAUGCAACAAUACAUAGUUGCCUUAAACUAUUAUUUUAAUGUUGGUGCUUGUUAUAAAAUUACAUAAAAGGAAUAAUAUAUUAUUUUUUCAGAACAGUGCCUAUGCAACCAGUAAAUGUUAUUGUAGGGCUAUUUUGUUAUAGGAACAUGUAUUUGCUUUCAGUAGGCAAACAAGGAAGGUUAUAGCAGAAACCUGUUGCCAGUGUAGGUGUUUGUAAACACUGCAUGACUACAAGUGAAAUGUUGACAUGUGACCGCUUCAGCAGAUGAUCAGUGACACAAAUCAUGAGAUCGUUCAUUAAAUUGACACUUUAUCAAUUGACUGACCCUUAAUAUUAAGAAAGGGUUUUUACAUAUGCACAUGCUUAUAUUAAAUACAACAUGGUUUUCAGUAGUGUAGUAUAAAAGUUUAUUUUCUCAGGGUUUUUUUAUUGUCUAUUUCCUAUUCUGGAAAUCCCUUUCAAAUUUUAUUAUGAUGGUUUAAAGGAUUAUUCACAAUUCUCAAAAAUUUUAAGACCCAAAAUGGCCAAAAUAGAAAGAAAAAAAACUCCCAAGCCAGUAAUGUGUCCCGUUCAACUAUUUUGGUCUUCUGUCUGAAAUUUCCAUUGAAUUCCUGACAAUUCUCAUGUUUGUGAAAAAUGCUGCAUGUGUGGUAGCUUCCAAGUAUCACUUCAGCUGUUGCAUAUCAUCCACAAAUUUAAUUCCCAUCAUAAACUCACACGCUGGCUGGCUGCAGUAGUUCUUCACCUUCAGCACAACUUGUAGCUGUUUUCUAUAUAUAAAUUCCAUAAUGGUUUCUGAAGGAGUGGUUAGACAUUCAAGGUAGUAACUGGAAACUUAAGGGUUAACUCGGUGCUCAUAAUUUUUCUUCAUGUUGGGUUAAUGGUAAAUACGCCAAUGAAUAUAAAGUGUUUUGUACAUUGUUACACAUAAGUUCACUGAUAUCAUGAUAUUUUACAUUGCUAUAGCAGAACACAAUGGAUAAGGCAAACCGCUUUGAGAAGGGAAGUAAACGGAGAGCAACAUUCAUGACGUUAAAUAAUGAAGAAGCAAAGAAAGUCUUGGAAAUGUACGUGAAACGAAGUUUAAGCAACUGUGAUGAGAAAACCAGAAAGGAAUUGAAGUCUAGGAAAGUUCAGAGGUCAGCAAGUUAUUUUUCCAAAUCUUUAGUGGUUACAAGUAAGAAAAAGUUAUGUAGAGCAAAAAACCUUCAAAAGACAGAGGAACUAAAAAAGGAAGAGCAAACUGUCAAUCUAGAAAAUGGAACUUUGGAACCUUCACAAGAUGUGAAUGAAAGUACAGACCAUGCAAAAGGUACGAAAACAGUCAAACAAUCCUGGUUUAAGAAUUUGUUUGGUCCGUUAUUUAAGAAAAAAGAUGACAAGAAAAAUGAUAAACACAUGCAUUGUGUAGAGAAAACUGUGCCAGACACGUGUUGUGUUUUUGAAGACCAAGUGACUUGUGUUGAAGAUGCUAGUCCACAACGUAAGGCAUCCAAAAAGAUUGGCAUACAAAGAUCCAGCAUUAGAAGAGCAUUUUCUUUUAAAAAACACACAACUGAAGAUGUCACUGGAGGUUUAACAGCUGAUGGUCUCCCAGGCAAGCUGAAGAGGCCAACACAUCUCCCACUGACAUGCAUCAACAGACCCUCAUCGGGCAAAGGUAGAUAUGAGAGUUUUAUUUCACUUUUUUGUUUGUCUACAUGAAUUGCUAAAUGUCAGGGCAUGCUUAAAUGUUCAUGAUAAACUUAAAGGGUUAGUCUUAGUGGUAGGAGCCUGUGCAGUGUUUGAGUGAAAUAUCACAUCCAGAGAUAUUUGCACUUGUGUGCUUAGGACUAGUUCAUAGAGAAGCAUUUGAGUGGACUGUGGAUGAUGCGGCAUGACGUCACAGAGUGGGGAUGAGGACCUUUCCUGGGGCUGGAUUCCAGCUAAUUUAUUCUUUUUCCUGUUUCCUACGGCAUUUAGUUUUGUGGGUUUUUUUUUUUACAAGGCAUAAUCAAGGGAACAAAUGUAUUGAUGAGAAAUUGGUUAUAGUGACAUUUUAACUGAUUUAUUUGUUUUAGAUAAAAAGAAUACAGACUGCUAUUACCAGAAGGUUUCUGCAGAAAUUGAGUUGAUUGUUAAGGAAAGUGAUAAACCAGAAGAAAGAAAGAGUGUGAGUGGAGAAUCAAACUGUGAAGCCACUGAAGACAUAGGUAAACAUUUAAUUUAUAUUUGACUGGGGUUUGUUUUUUGUUUGUUUUUGUUUGUUUUUUUUUUUUGUUUUUGUGGUGGGGUGAUUAAAAGAAGCCUGAGCAUUGUCGCCCAACCUUGGAAGCAUUUAUGUGCCCCCAUUGUGACCUCUGCAGCCUAAAAGCGAUGGUGGGAAACCUGAAUUAGUCAGACUGCUCAAGUUCCACUUGAGAAUCUUCACUUGCUUGUUCUUCUCUAAAGUGCACACAAUGUGUGACAGAACUUCAAUAGCUGGGGUAUGUUUAUAAAAAUGUCUGCAUAUAUAACAUCUAUUGACUUUACGUGUUUCUUUUCUUUUAGAUGAUCUUAUUAAAAAAAUAGUCUCUAUACUCCGGAAUCAGGGGGAUGAAUGGAACAACAAGGUAAAAAAUACUUUCUUGAAAUGUUUGUUUAUAGAAAAUGGUCAUACAAAAAAAGUAUUCUAAACCUGACACCAUAUGAACAGUCUAUUAAAGGGACAUGGUACUCACCAGAGCAACUACAGUUUAAUAUAGUUGACCUGGGGUGUGUGUGUGUAUAUAUUAUGUCCCUGCAGGCAUUUUAAUAUUAAAUGAUGCAGUGCAAUGUCAUACCUCUCAAUGCUUUCUUAUGGGAAAGAUUUGAGAAUAGGCAAAAACGUAGUAGCUUGCCCUUCAAUUACAAGCUGGUUAUUGCCAAUUUUCACUUUCUGGUUUUGUUAUCCAUGCAUUUGUUUAGGGUUUCCUAAAGCUAAAAGUGUAAUGUAGGCAUAAACAGUGUGCCAAGAGAGGGUAUUGGCUACGCCUCACUGACAAGGUCCAAAUAGGACUGAAACAAUCAUCCGAUGUUGUAAUUUCCUGGACACCGGGAACUUGCUGGCAUUUCUUGGUUCUCUCUGUAUUGGCAUAUGUGCGCAGAACUUAUUUGAGACCUGUGUGGACUAACCAAAUGGGCAAACUACAUUAUUCUGUCUCAAUGUCCUCAUAUCUUUUGCAUGCUUUUGCAGUGUCUAUGGUUUUUUUCCUUGAUCAAUAAACUAGUUUGACUAUUUAUUGAAAUAGAUGAAAGAGGACCCAACCAUCAACCACUUCUUCAGAAACAUUUCGUAUAACUCAUUCAAACAAUUGGUCGAUGUUUAUGUUGACAAGGAAGUGAAAAACAGGGCGGCAGAUGCAACUCCUGAAGAUCUACAAUUUGCAUACUCUGUCCACUUAACCGCUCAGGUUGCAGGAAUUUCCAGCCAUUCUGUAAACCGGAUCAUGGGCUUCGGAACUCAAUAUCUACAAGACAUUUUCACAAGAUAUUCAUGUGGCAAAAAUUGGGUAAGAUUAGAGAGAUCAUCAUCCGUUUACAGAGUAGCAGCAUUGCUUACAACUUAAAUUGUUUAAAGCACAAAUUAAACAGAAAACCAUAAUGCAGCCUGUGCAUGUUAGAAAACUAGAUCAGCAACUUGUCAUGUCAUUUCCUCAAUUGCUCUAUUUUUAUGUAACUGUAACAUGUUAAUUGAGUCCUAUAUUUCGACGUGAUUAAAAGUGCAAUUAAUGGUUGGUUAAGCCAUGCUGAUUAUAGAUACUCUAGGUAAGGUUUCAGUGUGGGUAUUAGUCAUGGGAAAGGUCACCUUGAAACACCCAUUGACCUAGAUAGUUGCACUCUAACACAUGACCUGACGCAAUCAUACUAAACUGUAAAAUGUUUUGAUCCUGAUGCAAAAUGAAGAUGUUAAUAGAUGAUACUCCCUCAGAUAUGUACGAAUACAUAAUUGCCAUGUUUAUCAAGCUAAUCUGUGACAUUUCUGGGGCAGUAAAAGUGAAGCAAUCAGUUGGAACAUUAUUUUUGGAUUCAAAGAGAAUAGUUUGAAUUGACAUAUGGCCCACUACUGCCAGUUUCACUUGGAUAGAUUAUCAAUGUCUUGAUCCAUCAUUGUUUUUUAUUGUAUACCAAGCUUGUCUGCAGACAGACUUAGCAGGCUACAAAUCGCAAACUGGAUCAUUGCCAAAGCUGUCUUGGAAAAAUAAAAGUUGUAAUGCAUUUACCUUCUAAGAAAAUACAAGUGGUUCUUUAACAUGGUUAAAAAAAAAAUAGAAUUUGAGUGGGGAAAGUAAAGAAAUGGUCCUAAAUAUAUCUUUGAUUGUAGAGUUUUUGUUUUCUUAAUUUUUAUUUUUUUUAUGUACUUUAUUCACCAUGUGGAAACUUGGGAACAAAUUCGCAUAAUCUAGUCCAUGAUACAGUUGGAGGGAUAAAUCACUCAGUCAGUUAAAAUGGGAAAUUCCCCACUGCCUCUUUUUUGGUCUCUAUUAUUUAAAUGGUAAUGAAGUCACUACAAUUCAUUGUUUAGUGAGUAAACAAAGUGACACCAUCUCUGUUAAAUACAGUAAUUAUUGACCUUUUUAUUGUUUUUAGUGGUGUAUGUAACAAAUAAUUUUUAUCUUUACACAGGACAGCAGUGUAGACUCAACGGCUUGCCUUAGUCCUGACUGAGGAAAAAUAUACUGCACUGAAGCACAUGGUAACUGCAAGAACUAUUGAAACAUUCAACUCCAUAUUCCUAUAUUUCACGACUGGACCAGUGAAUAUUUAAAGGUUUCAGACAGGCUAGCCGGGCAGUCAAGAACUUUGAACUUUUGCUUUAAUCCAUCGCUACAUUUUACUGUAACUGAUGGAUAAUUAGAUGUUUGAACAAAGUGUUCAAAAUUACCAAGGAAUCAUUCUCCUUUUAGGCUUUUAAAGAUUUCCCAACAUUCCACAAGAAAAAUGAUUUUAAGAGUUUGAGAAAACAAGGCUUCAAAGUAAGUCUUUUAUCCUAAAGUAAGAAGAGGAAAAAAAAACUUUUUAUGUUUUACAAAAAGUGUAGACUGUUUACCAUUUUAUGACAUUAUUAUCAAAAAAUGUUUACACCUCUUGGAAAUUUACAGCUAUAAAACAGUUUUUUACUUCAUUUUUAUUAACCAUUUUAUUGCCAUUUAUUUACAUUUUUUUUUUUUUAAAGAAUACUUGACUUAACCUUCAAGAAAUCAAUAGUCUAAGUAAUUGCAUACAAAUAGACAUUUAUCCAUAUUAUCCAAAAUAGGAGGGAUUUCAAUCAUUCAAUAUUGAUGUUUAUAGGCUAAACAGUGGAUUUUCAACUAGUCUUCAAUAUUUAGAUUACUAUAGAUUUUAAGGGAAGAAAUAGUUGAUGCUAACUUGUUACCAUGGGCAGACUUGGAAAAUUAUAUAAGCGGUGAUGGAAGAUGGGGCAUUAGAGAGACUAGUGUAUGCAGCAUAGUGACUAAUUACUAAACCGUGAAUAUUUUACAUUCAGGAAAUUUUCUCACAUUAUCUGAGAGACAAGGCAGAAUGGGAAAACAAUGUAGCUUAUUAAAUUGCAUACCAGAAUCAUUUGCUACUUGUUCUGCAGAUCAAGUGAUUUUAGACACAAGGUUUGGAUAAAACCCUACUCGUGCUAGCUUACAAUUGGGAGGUACAGCCAUAUAUAGCUGAGUGUCAUGAGAAAUGUAGUCCACAGUGAAGGCUAGCCAUAAUUAUCCUAGCACAACCCUAGUUGUCAUAACAUGAACAUGACCACUGAAAUGGAUAUGUGAAAAUCAUAUUGUAUGUGUAGUGGAUUUUUUAAUAUAUAUAUAUAUAUAUAUAUAUAUAUUAUAUUAUAUUUUUUUUAAGUAUAUAAAGAAAAGACAAUCACAUGUCAUCAGAGUACAAUAUUGACAUUCCAACAUCCCUACAGAACCCAGAUCUCUUAUUAAUCAAGUCGAACAUUGGUCAGUCUGCUUUAAAAUUCAAUAAUACAAAAUCAUUGACAAAAAACAAAACCCGAUGGACUUUAGUCAUUAGGAAAGACAGUAGUAAAUGCAAAAGGGUUUCACAGUUCAAAUCUCGAAUACAUAUCAUACAUACAAAGGCAUAUUUUGUAUCCUGAACCCCUAACGCAAAAUCCCGUGGAGGGUAGAGGCAGAGAGAAGUGGUGAGGACAUCGUUAAUGGUUUUUUUUUUUUUUUAUAUUAACCUGAAACAAAAUGCAUAAACAUAUUUCCUUAAUUUAUAAUGAACUUUUAAACCGUUUUUUUGACUUUUUUUUUUUUUUUCCUACAUAGUCUUUUUUUUCUAGAAUAUGUAUAAAUGGUCAUUUACAAAAGUGCAGAGACAUGUGAAACCAUGCAGUUAUGUUUACAAAUAUUAACUUCUACCAUCUAAAGCAGGGAUGGGGAACCGUGGGCCUUCCAGACGUUUUGAACUACAUCUCCCAUAAUGCUCUUACUGCCAUAAUGCUCUUACUGCCAUAAUGCUAGCAAAGCUUUAAGGGAGAUGUAGUCCACAACAUCUGGAGGGCUGAAGGUUUCCCACCCCUGAUCUAAAGGUAUAGUUAAGACUUGCUUUGCAUCUCCUAUAAGUAUUUAUAUAUGUAUAUAUAUAUAUAUAUAUAUAUUUUAAUUAAUGCAGACCCUUAUUUAAUUACAUUCAGAAAUACUCUACAAUAUGUAGAGUAUUAAGAAUCACCUCAAUAUGUUG